AUGGUGGACACAGAAAACCAAUUUUUCCCCCUAGAGGAUGAUCUCGGAAGCCCCUUAUCUAGAGAGUUCCUACAAGACAUGGAAAAUAUACAGGACAUCUCGUCUAUUGGUGAUGAUAGCCCUGGAGCAUUAAGUGUAACAGAGCUCCAGUCUUUGGGAAAUGGUCCAGGAUCUGAUGGAUCAGUCAUUACAGACACUCUUUCACCAGCAUCAAGUCCUUCAUCCAUUAAUUUUGCCACAAUUCCAGGUAGCAUAGAUGAAUCACCCAGUGGAGCAUUAAACAUUGAAUGUAGAAUUUGUGGGGACAAAGCUUCUGGCUUCCAUUAUGGAGUACAUGCUUGUGAAGGUUGUAAGGGAUUUUUUAGGAGAACAAUUCGACUUAAACUCAUCUAUGAUAAAUGUGAUCGUACCUGCAAAAUUCAGAAAAAAAAUCGUAAUAAGUGCCAAUACUGUCGCUUUCAAAAGUGCCUUUCAGUUGGAAUGUCACAUAAUGCAAUUCGUUUUGGACGAAUGCCAAGGUCUGAGAAGGCAAAGUUGAAAGCAGAAAUUCUAACAGGUGAACAAGAUGUGGAAGAUUCAGAAAUGGCAGAUCUUAAAUCUCUUGCCAAGAGAAUCUAUGAGGCCUAUCUGAAAAACUUCAAUAUGAACAAGGUCAAAGCUAGAGUCAUCCUCGCAGGGAAAACCAAUAACAAUCCACCAUUUGUUAUACAUGACAUGGAAACACUGUGUAUGGCAGAGAAGACUCUGGUGGCAAAACUGGUAGCCAAUGGAAUCCAGAACAAGGAAGCAGAAGUUCGAAUCUUCCAUUGUUGCCAGUGUACAUCUGUAGAGACUGUAACAGAACUUACUGAAUUUGCCAAAUCUAUCCCUGGCUUCUCAAAUCUUGAUUUGAAUGAUCAGGUGACUCUGUUAAAAUAUGGAGUUUAUGAAGCCAUUUUUGCCAUGCUAGCUUCUGUAAUGAACAAAGAUGGGAUGCUGGUAGCCUAUGGAAACGGCUUUAUAACUCGAGAGUUCCUGAAAAGCCUAAGAAAGCCAUUUUGUGAUAUUAUGGAGCCGAAGUUUGAUUUUGCAAUGAAAUUCAAUGCACUGGAGCUGGAUGAUAGUGACAUAUCGCUUUUUGUAGCUGCUAUCAUUUGCUGUGGAGAUCGUCCUGGUCUUGUAAAUGUAGAAUACAUUGAAAAGAUGCAGGAGGGCAUUGUGCAUGUACUAAAACUUCACUUGCAAAACAACCAUCCUGAUGACAUCUUCCUCUUCCCAAAACUCCUCCAGAAAAUGGCUGACCUCCGACAGCUUGUCACAGAGCAUGCUCAACUUGUUCAGAUAAUCAAAAAGACUGAAUCUGAUGCACUCUUGCAUCCUUUAUUACAAGAAAUCUACAGCGAUAUGUAUUAAGGGUUUUUUGUAAUUUUUUCCACAGUAUUUAAAGCCAAGAGCAAUAUUAAUAAUAGAUGGGAGAAAAAUUACUUUGUGCAGUUAUCUGCUGUGCUGAAUUCCAGAACAUGAAAAAUCUAAAUUGUAGAUAACUGGAAUGUCACACUUCUUUUGUCGUGGGUUCUUUAAGUACUUUAGAGAAAUUACGUAGUGCUCAUGAGAAGCUUUGGUUAAUCUGAAAUUUGAGGGUUAGCGAGAAUGUAUAUGUACUGAACAAGUAGAUGUUUAACAAAUCUGAAUCUGUUGACUAACAAAUAGACCUUGAUCGAUCAAAAUUAUAUUCUGUAUUGGGCUAGUCAUUGAGCAUUAAUUUACCAAAUAGUGCAUGUAUCUCGAACAAAUUUUGCACUAUCUUCUAUAAAUUAUGUACUCUUGGUUUAAAUACUCUCAUGUUCAUUAUUGAGAACCAACUAGCACUUUCAAUUUUUUCUCAAACAAGAGUCAGGCUAGAUGUAUCAAGUGGCUGGGUAUAACUAUACGUGCACAGGUAUAUUUAUUUGAAAGAUAUUUACUUUGUUGCUGUCUGAAUUAUGAGAGGAAUAGUACUACUUAAGUAACUUUAGGAUUAGCCUUUUAAAAAGAGUCUUUAAAAAAAAGUUAAUUAAAGGAUUACCAUGGUGUAACUCACAUAAUCACUUCCUUGCCACUGCAGGAGCCUUGGGCACUGGUGCACCUUGGUCCCUUCUGUUCUCUGCCUAUGGCACAUAAUAGUGUAGUCUCCCAUGGGAUGUAAUACCCAAUGACCAAAAUUAGACCAACCAAAGUAUCAGUGUGUGGGUCCUGGGUGGUGCUGGUGUUCUGAUAUACAGGAGGUCAGACUAGUUGAUCUAGUGGUCCUUUCUGGCCGUAAACUGUAAGACUCUAUAAAAUAUGUCAAAGAUAUUUUAGCAAGAUGCUUGUUAGUGAAUUGUACUUUACGAUGGGGGAAUACUUUUUCAAAAGUGUUCUAAUGAAACUAGGCAAAAGUCCCUUUUGGGUGGAGAUGUAGUAUAUUGUGUGCAUCUUGGAGAAGUCUUAAUUGCUGAAGAUGAAAUUUUUAUUUUAAAAUGCCAUUUUGAAUUAGCAGGACUUGGGGAGUCACCCAGAAGUCUGAUUCUUGCCCCAAGGAAGCUGAAUGCCAGAUUGUCAGAAUACAAUAGCUUCAGGUGGUGGUCUACUCUGAAAAGUGAUUGUAUAAACAUGGCACCUUUAUUCUUAACAGAUCUGCACCCAAUAUGUAUUCAAAGUCAUACAUACUGUAUUUACUGUUCUGAUAAAAAUAUUAUUUUACAUUCUCUGCUUAUAUUACCCCCUCAGAGCCAAUCCAGCUGCGUGAACUGCCUUCUGUUCCUCCUCAUACAUUGUCAAUAGAACUAUUAACUAAAUUCCAAACGCACUAUAUUCUGCCCUCCUUUUAUUCUACCACACUGGAGGCACAGGUACAGAAAGCAGAAUUUGUAGACACUGAUUGCACAGUUGUAAAGGAAGAGUGCACAGAUUGGAGAAAAUCGUUUCAUGUAAUUGAGGGCAGAAUCUGAGCCACCGUGUACUUCUUACUGGUGAAAUAAAGCCAAAAUAACACAGCUUGACUGGCAGUUAGAACAAUCAUGUUACAGUAAACUGAGCACAUUUAAUCUGAAAAUCAUUGAAACAUAAUAGACAUGGAACUCCAUCAUGCCACUUUUCAGAGACUACUGUAUAAAGAAUGAAAACAACUGCUAGCUGUGAGUUUCUUUGGGAGUAACAUUUAAUAUAUUAAAGACAGUCUCCUUCUGCUCUCUUAUCUUUCUUUUCCUUUUUACCCUGAGAGUUUAUUGAUCUUUUUUAUGGGGUGUUAAAACAAUGAUCUUGACAGCCAAUUUUGACAAUACUUUCAUAGUAAUACUUUCUGUGGCUGAAAAAGGGUCAGUUUUCAUGCCUGCUUUAUUGCAGCAUGGUUUCAAGGCCUCAGAAUCAUAAACCUUCACUAACAGAAUCAACUUGGGAGUAAGGCUUGAUAAAUCCCAGAACACAGAAGAGUGAUCUCUGUUUUCAUCAUAGAACUUUUCUGCUAGAGACUUGUUGGUACAGUUAGGCUUUUGGUCAUUUGAGCCUUACAUAUUGUAAGAUGAUUAGAGUGAUUUUUUUCAGCUUACACAUUGCAAGUGUUAAAAUCAAAGUAUCUAUACUUCCAUCAGUGUGUUUAGAAUCUAUUCCAGUUAUGUAACUUCUCAGGCACACACAGCUCAAACUGGUGCAUGUGUCUGGGGGAGGGAAAAAGUAAAGAAUGCAUAUAUGCAAAAUGAUGACAUACAUGCUACCUGUCCCAUCCACCAUUUUUUCUUUUUUUUCACAACCAGCGGCAGUGAAAAGUAUGGAUAUAGGACACCUACCUUAUCUAUUGAAUUAGAGAAUAGAUUUUCAAGUUUUAUCAGAAAAUAGUGGAUUGAGAAAUUAUCUGCUUUUUGUAUUAUUGUAGUACGCUGUGACUUCAGAAAAAUGAGAGGAUUUCAGCAAUGGUACUUUCUGCUACUAAAAAUGUUUCCUAUUGCCAACUGCAAACAUUUAAAAAUCAUGAAUCAGAUGCCAAAAAAUGAUGAGGUUGGCUUAAAAACUAUAAGAUAUAUCACUAAUAUCUUGGAUUUGGGGGGGGGAGUGUUUUAGGGGCUUUUAGGUCACAUUUUCAAACUUUACUCCCAAGAUUGAGGGCUAGAAACUUAAAUGAAGGCAGAGAUUCUCACAUAAACACUGUUUUUCAGAAGAUGGGGCUUUAAAUAAAAUAUCAAAUAUUGCAAGACUCGUAAUGAAAUCAUAAGAGUUGCCAACAUUUGACUUCUCAAGUUAAAUAUGGACCUAAAUGCUCUGGAUCUUUUAAAAUCCUUCAACUUCCUAUUGUUAUCUGUCCUUCUGGAAAUUUAUUUCAGACUUGUUCGGGGUUCAUUGCAUUUCCAGUACACUGUCCCUGUUUGUUUCCAACUUUCAUAUAAGUCCAAAUUCUGGACCUUCGCACAGGCCUAAAAUAAACAAACCUUGCUCAGGUAAAUGUCCAUGGGAGUCAGGAAGGGCAGCAUUCUUACCCUAUUGAGCAGCACCCAUUACACCCACUUUUCUCCAUGCAGGUGAUUAGACUGGUGGAGCCACAUAACCAUUGUCACACUGGCUAUACCCUUGCCCAUCCCCCACCAUUCCUACCACCAGCCACUAUUCUGCACUGCUUUGGAGGAAGCCAGUGUGGAGUGUA